UCCUUUCGACCUUCUUCUAACUUCCAUGGCGAGUCUAACAGAGAAAGCUUUCCAUAAUCAACCGUUCAUUUUCCAGUUAGUGCUCCCUCUUCGUCCUCUGAACCCCUGACCGCCAUGAGUUCCUCCGCCUCCGAUGACGACUACCCAAAGCUCCCUCACGACGCCGUCGUCCAGAUCCUGAAGCGGUUGCCGGUGAGAUCGCUCCUCCGCUUCAGGUGCGUUUGCCGGUCAUGGCGAUCCACCAUCGACGGCCCUAGUUUCGUGGACCUAUACCAGAAGCACGUUGCUCGCGAUGCCUCCAAUUGGCAUCUUGCGUGUGUAGAAUGGUGCGAUCCUCUCCCGCCAAGUGAGCCCCUGUGCUUUCUGCUCUCCGUUUGGGUUCACCUGGCUCUUGCAAAAAUGGGGAAUGGCAUAGAACAGCAGAAAGUAAUGUUGAAGUUUCUUCAGAAUGCCAAUACAUAGUUUAUGUGGAAGGCUAGAAACAUUGUGCUUCAUGGUCAAGUUGCUGCUUCUGUGCAGCGCGUUCUUACAUUGAUCAAUUUUUCACUUAACAUCAAUUUGAAGGCUAUCUAGUUUCAAAAGGA